AUAAAUAAAUAAUUACAUCAAGCAAAGCAGAAAGAAAUGCCACUAAGUAGACCCAGUUAGUUCAAUUUAUAGAAAGUAAAAUAUUUAUAAUGAAAUAUCUACUAAGUCGGUUCAAUUCUCAAGCUCUUGUAUACAGAGGUCUAUAUAGAGAGAGAGGCAAAAAAAGGUGAGAAGAUCAGCAUAUCAGAGAAUUUGGCAAUGGAGAGACAGGUGGCUAUUAUUGGAGCUGGUAUAAGUGGCCUCCUUGCCUGUAAGUAUACCUUGUCAAAGGGUUUCCAUCCAAUUGUUUUCGAAUCACAAAGCAGCGUUGGAGGGCUUUGGACCAAAACGGUGGAGACGACAAAGCUCCAAACUGCCAAACGACUUUAUCAGUUCUCAGAUUUUCCUUGGCCAUCUUCGGUCACAGAAGAUUUUCCUAACCAAUACAAGGUCUUCGAUUACAUUCGGGCAUAUGCACAACAUUUUGACUUGCUUAAGCAAAUCAAAUUCAAUACCAAAGUUGCUGGUAUUGAGUGUAACGGUCCCCAGGACGAAGAGAUUCAAUCUUGGAGCUCGUGGGGUGGCACUGGUGAGCCCUUCAGCUCCAAAGGGAAAUGGAAGGUCAUUGUGGAAGGCCUGAAAACCCUUUCAACUGAGAUUUACCAAGUGGACUUUGUAAUCGUUUGUGUGGGGCGGUUCAGUGGUCUACCAAACAUCCCAGAAUUCCCCCCAAACAAGGGCCCUGAAGCAUUUCAUGGUAAGGUAAUACACUCGGUGGACUAUCCAGAGAUGGAUUGGACAUUGCAAUGGAGUGCUCAGCUGCAAAUGGUAAUUAAAUAGAAUUUAAUCUAAACUGUUUGUUAUCGUUCCAAGGAAACAAAUUUCUUUAAAUUUCAAUUGGUGUUUGCAGGGGUGGAAAAUCCUAGUACAGUUUUUUGCAGGACUGAACACUGGAAUGUCCCUGAUUAUCUUCCUUGGGGGUUUUCACUCGCAAAUAUGUAUCUUAAUCGUUUCUCAGAGCUUAUGGUUCAUAAGCCUGGUGAAGGGCUUCUCCUUGCUCUCUUAGCUACAAUUCUUGCACCUCUGAGAUGGGCAUAUUCAAAAUUUGUUGAAAGUGAUAUAAAAAGGAAGCUUCGUUUGGCAAAACAUGGCAUGGUCCCAACACAUAGCUUCCUCCAAGAAAUCAGUUCUUGCUUGAUCUCAAAGGUCCCAGAAAAAUUCUAUGACAAAGUUGAAGAGGGAAAAAUCAAAUUGAAAAAGGCCCCCAGCUUCAGUUUCUGUCACAAUGGCGUUUUGGUUGAAGGUGAGACUACACCUGUAGAAGCAGACAUGGUCAUCUUGGCCACAGGAUUCAAUGGGGAAAAAAUGCUCAAAGACAUUUUUGUGUCCCAAACCUUUCAAGACUAUAUAACUGGAUCCCCUGAUGCAGCACUUCCACUCUACAGGUCAAAUUUUUUUCUUUCUUCCAAGAGAAUUAAUCCACACAUUUAUAUAUCUACAUUUACCAAUUCUCAUCAAGUUUCUUGUUUGAUCAGGGAGUGCAUUCAGCCUAGGAUACCUCAACUAGCCGUGAUCGGAUUCUCUGAGAGUGCUGCAGAUUUGUACACCUCAGAGAUAAGAUGCCGAUGGCUUGCAGAACUUCUUGAUGGCACAUUCAAGCUACCUAGCAUUAAAGAGAUGGAAAAAGAUGUAACAAAAUGGGAUGAACACUUGAAACAAUACUCGGGUGAAUACUAUCGUAGAAAGUGCAUAGGUGCUCUCCAUAUCUGGUAUAAUGAUCAGCUUUGCAAAGAUAUGGGAUGGAAUCCCAGACGGAAGAAGGGAUUCUUUGCUGAACUUUUUGAACCUUAUGGCCCCUUGGAUUAUGUCCCUUCUUAAACUGCAUGCCAUUACAAUU